UCGACUCACUCACACGCGACUCACCGCUAGCCGGAGCAGCUGCAGCUCGCUAACUCGAGGAGAUCUGGAGAUGUCUGGAGUUAAGGAGGAGUGUGAGGAGUUCAGCGUGAUGGAGGCGUCUGGAGUGAAGAUCGAAUACGUGGAGGAGGAGGAGCAAGAGGAAGAGGAGGAGGAAGAUACUGAGGACGAGGAGGAAGAGUUAUUACCAUCUGGACCCAUCAAACAGGAGCAGAAACCCGAGGUAAACCUGUUUCAGGAAGAAUAUGUUGAACAGGAACCCGAGCAGGAUGGGGACAGCUUCAGUGCGCCCUUCGACCUGAGCGACCACCAGACAAUUCAUACCGGAGAAGGCCUUUUCAUCUGCUCCGAGUGUGGGAAGACGUUCACCUCGGUGAGAUCUCUGAAAUCUCACAUGGAGAUACAUGACGGAAUCAAAAAACCACAUCAGUGCUCUUACUGUGACUGGAGCUUCAAACAGCUGACGGAUUUAAAACGCCACGAAACAGUUCAUACCGGAGAAAAGCCGUACACCUGCCUGCACUGUGGAAAAAGCUUCUUAAAACCCAGCCUCCUCAGAAACCACCAGGUAGUUCAUACCGGAGACAAGCCUUUCACCUGUACUCACUGCAGAAGUGCUUUUGCUACAUUGAACGAACUCGAAGCCCACAUGAUGAUUCAUACCGGAGAAAAGCUGUUCACCUGCGUCGAAUGCGGGACUGGGUUUUCAAAGUCGAGCCACCUUAAAACUCACAUGAUGAUUCAUACUGGAGAAAAGCCCUUCAUCUGCACGGAGUGCGGCAAGGCUUUCGUCACGGCGAGACAGUUAAAACUGCACAUGAUGGUUCAUACCGGAGAAAAGCCGUAUUCUUGCCUCGAGUGUGGGAAAAGUUACGCAACUCCGCGACAAUACAGAACGCACCUGAUGAAUCAUACCGGAGAAAAGCCGUUUUCCUGCACCGAGUGCGGCAAGCGCUUCACCACCGGCGACGCUCUCACCAGACACAUGUUUAUUCAUACUGGAAGGAAGCCCCAUAAGUGCACCCUGUGCAACAGGAGCUUCGUACGCCUCUCUGACCUGAGAGAUCACCAGAGAACUCAUACCGGAGAGAAGCCCAUCACCUGCAACAUUUGCGGAAAGAACUUCACCACUGCCAAACGCCGCUCCUACCACAUGUACGAACACACGGGCAAGAAACCCCACAAGUGCCCCCACUGCGAGAAGAGCUUCGUAAACCCCUCCAAGCUGAACGAGCACGUCAGAACUCAUACCGGAGAGCGUCCGUUCAGCUGCACUUACUGCGGGAAGAAAUCCACCACGCUAUCCAACCUUAAGAUCCACGUGAGGAUUCAUACCGGAGAGCGGCCGUACUCCUGCGCUCCCUGCGGCAUCAGCUUUAUGAGACUGGAUAACUUGAAAGCACACCAGAAAAAAGAACACGCUCAACAAUAACUCUAAUGCUUUGAAUUAAUUUUUAAUGUAUAAUAAAUAAUUUAAUUUAUCGCUAUUACUAUAGCACCACUUAAAACAACACCAUUUUGCCAAAAGUAUUCACUUGCCUGCUUUCUUGCGCUUACGAACUUUAGUGACCAAGGGUUUAACAUGAUAUCCGGUGUUCCGGUGCCGAAUUCAGCACCCCCGCCAGGAAAAGCACCCCCUCUUCUUGGAUUUACUUUUUUUUUUUUUUUUAGAAAAUGUAAAUACCCAAGAUACUGAAGCUACGCUGACUCCUAAGAAAUGAUGAUAAUUAGUCUUGUCUUCGUGGUGGUGCUUUUCCCAUCUAUGUAAUGCUGCAGACCGGCGCCCCAGUGGGCGUGGCUAAAGGGCGGAGCAUGUGUCAAUCAUUUUCGACUGCAGCCAAUCAGAUACUACACUUUCGUUGUCAAUCACUUUUUAUUAAGCCAAUCCUCAGACAGACCAAGCUGUCCAUCAUUUUUUACUGCAGCCAAUCACCUUAACAGAUCUGUCAAAAGAAGGCGGAAACUGCAUUGCUACCGGUUAAACGUAGCGCGAUUUAAGCUUCUGAACAGCGGUGAAGCUGAAUGUGUGUAAGUGUUUUACACAAUACUACAUUAACAGUUUAAACACAUUUAUGUGCUACUGUAGUUAGUCCUGCCUAUAUGCCGCUCUUAAACAGAAGUAACUGAAUGAAAACGUUAGAAAAGCCCUGACUUUAGAUAUUUUUAAAUCAAAGAUUAAAAUACUCGUUUUUCUGGAAUGGCACUUUCGUGUUUUUUAAUCGUGUAUAUGUGUGUGUGUGUGUGUGUGUGUGUGUACAUAUAUAUAUAUAUAUAUAUAUGUACACACACACACACACACACAUAUACACGAUAUUCACUUUUCCUGGUGGGGGUGCUGAAUUUGGCAACAUAGCAGUGCUGAAAUCUGCACCCCCGCCAUUAAAGCAGCGCAUACAUACCGUCUUCUUGAUAAAAGCGCUUUAACUUUACUUACAAUUACACUUUAAGAGGGGGUGCUUUUCCUGGCAGGGGUGCUGAAUUCAGCACAACACUGAUACAACCUUUACAGCUAUAACAGCAUAAUCAACUCAUCUGGGAAGGCUUUCCACAAGGUUUAGGAGUGUGUUUAUGGAAGAUUUUUACCAUUUUUCCAGAAAAUAAUUAAUCCCAAAGCUGUUUUGUAAGGUUGAGGUCAGGACUCUGUGCAGCCCAGUCAAGUUCUUCCACCCCACACCAUAAUCCCAUAAUCCCCCCUCAACCAAACUUUACACUUUGCACUUUGCAGCAAAACACAGUACGAACACACGAGCAAGAGCAGUGCUUGGUCAAUCCUUCCAAGUCAAACAAGCACUUCAGAACUCAUACUGGAUAACACACAUUCAUCUGCAUUUACUGCGGGAAGCAAUCCACUACGCUGUCCAACCGUAAGAUCCACAGGAAGAUUCAUACUGGAAAGGAAGACUCCAGUCCAACAGCUGUUCAAAUGUGCCACCCUUGUACAAAUGUGACCUUUUAAAAAAAAAUUACAUAAGUAAUAGCAUGGGUACUAAAUAUAUAAUGUUUUGCACCAUAUAUAUAUAAUUUUCAUUUAUUUAAAAAAUGUAUUAAUAUCAUAUAUAUAUUAAAUAUCAAUACCAAGUUCAAUACCAUUGCUCAGAUGAAAGCUAACAAUUGAGCAGUUCCUAAACUUUCCUUAACUUUAAUUUUUGUUUAAAAACUUUUGGUACUUAUGGUAAAAAUGAAAGCCUGUCAUUACCAUCACCUUGUUUCAUUACCUACCUUGAAAAUAUUUUUUCUAUCGGUAAUGAUUGAGUAAUUAAUGACUUUUUUUUUUUAUCUUUUCCGAAAAAUGUUAUGUACUUUUUAACAUUGUUCAACAGCUAGUAUAAGAUGAGUUUGAAAAAUACACAUAAAUAACAUGAAGUAAUAUAUAUUUAGUGAAAUGAUAGUGUAACAAAUAAGCAGUAUUGAUGCUGAAUAAAUUCUAUUAAUGUCAUUUCUACAUAUUGUCAUGUAUGUUACAAUGUAGUGUUAACAAAAAAAGAUCAUCACAAAAAUCACAGGCUGUAAUGAUGGUAAUGUUGUGGAGAUUAACAUACAGAAAAGCUAGUGAAAACGAAGCCUUGAAAUUAUACAUUAUGUAUAUGGGUAAUUAUUCAAUAAGUGUAACUUUUACAUCCCCAGUAUAAGUUAUAUAUUGCAUAACAAAUUAUUUACAAAAACAGGGUAAUUUAUUAUAAUAUGUGAUUUAUAAUGAACAAUGUUUUAUUUAAGUUUCUAAAUAAAGAGUUUAGCAUGUUUAAUUUAUACAGUAUAUUUCUGUUCUCAGCAUUACUAUCAUUUCUGUAAACUUAUCUAAUUUAUCUUAAGAAUUUUUUGCAAGGCAACACUUGUGUAAUACAUCGGCAUUUCGUUAUUUUGUUACGUUUCGAUAUGUUGUAAAUAUGUUGACUCUUCUGAAACUGAUGAACAUCUUUUCCACGACCACAGGAUGAGUCUUUCUGCAUGGUUGUUUAACAACUGAGAAGCUACUCCCUGCAUCAGUUAGGGUUAAAUAACUUGUUGCAGAUGAAACACAUUAAUCACCCAUACAGUAAUUAUUAUCCAAUGGGAGGCUCUUACCUAUGUGGUUGUGAGUUUAUUCUUUAUUAAUUAUGUCGUUACUCACCGAAAGUGCUUUUAUUUCGCUUUUUAUUUUCCGCCAAAUAAUUUUGGUUGCCAAAUAUUUGCUUUAUCCUUCAAUUUAAAUGCGUUGUCCUUCCUGCUGUUGGUGAUGUGGGUUUAUUCAGCAUCAGCACUGGUAGUAUCUUAAAACUACAAAAAUCACUUAAAUAACAUAAAAAGUAAAUAAAGUAUAUAAAGUGUAUACUAGCUCUUGAUCACUGUUAGAAAGUGUGUCCCAAUUUUGUAUCAAGUAUUAAUAUAAUUGAGUGUUUGAGUGUGUUGAAGUGUGCAGUAGUAUAGAUAGCAGUAUAUAUCCACGAUACAGUGUGGCUACGACGAACACUAUUAACCCAAUGCAAUGGGAAAUUAAGUGGGAGGGGCUAUUCGUCUGCUUUGUAAUACAACUGUGCAUUUGUUUGUAUAAUAUAUAUUUACAAUAAAUAAAUAUACCUGUAUUGUA